GGGCUUCAACUCAAUUGGGGCUUCUACUUCUCUCUCGACGUAGAAGAGAGGAGACAGAGAGAGCAGAGAGAGAGAGGGUUGUUUGCGGUGUUCAGCCAGAAAUCGGAGCAAUGGCAGCAGCCGCAGUGCCAGGCUCGGUGGUGCCGGCGAACAGGGGGCAUCGAGCGAUGGUGGACGAUGAGAAGCUAGUGUUCGAGACGUCGCAGGGAGUCGAACCCGUCACGAACUUCGACGAGAUGGGGAUAAAGGACGGCCUUCUUCGCGGGAUCUACCAGUACGGGUUUGAGAAGCCCUCUGCGAUCCAGCAGAGGGCGGUGGUGCCCAUCAUUCAGGGUCGCGAUGUCAUCGCCCAGGCACAGUCCGGUACCGGCAAGACCUCCAUGAUCGCCCUGACUGUCUGCCAGAUGGUCGACACUGCCUCCAGAGAGGUCCAAGCAUUGAUCCUGUCACCUACAAGGGAACUGGCAACUCAAACAGAGAAAGUAAUAUUGGCUCUUGGUGAUUACAUUAGUAUACAGGCCCAUGCAUGCGUUGGAGGCAAAAGCGUGGGUGAGGAUAUCAGAAAACUGGAAUAUGGAGUUCAUGUCGUGUCUGGGACUCCAGGCAGGGUUUGUGACAUGAUAAAAAGGAGAACUUUAAGGACUAGAGCUAUCAAGUUAUUGGUUCUUGAUGAAUCUGAUGAGAUGUUGAGCCGAGGUUUUAAGGAUCAAAUUUAUGAUGUUUACAGAUAUCUUCCUCCAGAACUUCAGGUUUGUUUGAUUUCUGCUACCCUUCCGAAUGAAAUUUUGGAGAUGACAAGCAAAUUUAUGACAGAUCCUGUUCGGAUCCUUGUGAAACGUGAUGAGUUGACUCUGGAGGGCAUCAAGCAAUUCUUUGUUGCAGUAGAAAGAGAGGAGUGGAAGUUUGAUACUCUAUGCGACCUCUACGAUACCCUUACAAUCACACAAGCAGUUAUUUUCUGCAAUACGAAGCGGAAGGUGGAUUGGCUAACUGAGAAAAUGCAUAGCAAUAACUUCACCGUCUCAUCUAUGCAUGGAGACAUGCCUCAAAGGGAAAGAGAUGCUAUAAUGGCAGAGUUCCGGUCUGGUACAACUCGCGUUUUGAUUACAACUGACGUUUGGGCUAGGGGCCUAGAUGUUCAACAGGUUUCCUUGGUGAUAAAUUAUGAUCUUCCAAACAAUCGAGAGCUUUACAUUCACCGGAUCGGUCGUUCUGGUCGUUUUGGACGCAAGGGUGUUGCAAUAAACUUUGUCAAAAGUGAUGAUAUCAGAAUUUUGAGAGACAUAGAGCAGUAUUACAGUACUCAGAUUGACGAAAUGCCGAUGAACGUUGCUGAUUUGAUAUAAUGCAUCGAUUGCUUUGACAGCAUACAGCAAUGAAGCGUCACAAUCGAUUUCUGGAACUGCAUAUCAAGCUUGUUUGUGCGUAAUGGGUUGAAACAUGUUUUCUAGUUUUUGUAAUGUCAUGAAACAUCCGUCUGUGGAUACUCAUCUUAAAUUAAUACUUUUUUCUGAUGUGUCGUGUCAUGGUGAAACAUAGAAGACAAGUUGUGGGUGGUGUCCAAGGCUUGAUAUAUGUAACAUAUGCAUUAUGCACUUGGUAUUGUUAUUGUUGGUGUUCAGAUUUUUGAUGGGUGAUCAAUCUAAUUACUUUUUUAUAUGUUA